AUGGGAAAAGGCACCGACAAGCUCUAUAUCACCCAUUCCGAAUGGUCCUCGUCAGACGCCUACUCCGCCAGCGUAGGCGCGGGCGCCCGCUCCGCACAAACCAUCCCCUUCCGCAAACUCCCCUUUAACUUCUGCGCCGCCAGCCUCCAGCCCUUCAAGAACCCCGUCUGCACCCCGGACGGCACCGUCUUCGACGUCGAGGUCAUCGGCGCCUGGCUCGACAAGCACCCGAACCAGAACCCCAUCAACGCCGAGCCCCUGCAGAAGAAGGACCUGAUUCGCCUCAACUUUGCGAGGAACGCAGAGGCAGACUCCCUCGGCGCCGGCCUGAGCGACGGCAAAGGCGACCUGAUCGAUCCCGUCACCUACAAGGUCUUUACCGACAAUACGCACAUUGUCGCCAUCCGACAUGGCAACUAUGCCAACGUCUUUGCCUGGGAUACCGUCGAGCGCAUGAACAUCAAGGCCAAAUCGUGGCUGGAUUUGGUCGACGACCAGCCCUUUACGCGCGCCGACAUCAUCACCCUCCAGGACCCUCAGAACAUGGCGAGCCGGAAUCUCGAUCAGUUCAAAUAUCUACAAGAUGGCGAACAGGCGCAAUUGACAAGAGAGCAGCAAGAGGAGCGCAAGGCCGGAAACAUCAAUGCCGGAGCGCUAGGUAGCAUGGGCGACAAGGUUCUCAAGGCCAAGGCUGCAGUGGAAAAGGCGCGCAAGGCGAGAGAAGCCGGCGGCGACGUCAACAAAAGCUCCGGCGCGCUAGAAAAGUCGAGGCAAUCGGGCUCUGCCGCUGCUGUCCGGCAACCCAUGAUACAAGACAGGAAGGUUGCCGCAAACGCCGCAGCUUACACCACCGGCAAAGCCGCCGCCAGCUUCACCAGCACUGGCCUCACCCCCGAGACGAGCGGCGAAAGAGCGCUGCUGACGGACGAGGAGUUUAUGCUCAAGCCGCGGCGCGUCAAGACCAAGGGCUACGCCAGGAUAGAGACCAACCUGGGCAACCUCACCAUCGAGCUGCAAACCGAGACGGCGCCCAAGGCAGUGUGGAAUUUCAUCAGGCUCGCUCAGACGGGCUACUACAAGGGCGUGGCUUUUCACCGAAACAUUCCCAACUUUAUGAUUCAAGGUGGUGAUCCUACGGGUACGGGAAAGGGAGGCACGAGUAUCUGGGGCAAGAAUUUCAACGACGAGUUUGACGGCCCUCUAACACAUGACGCGCGAGGCACCGUCUCCAUGGCCAACAAGGGCAAAAACACAAACUCGAGCCAAUUCUUCAUCACCUACAAACCCACCCCCCACCUGGACCGCAAACAUACCAUCUUCGGCCGCGUCGAGUCCGGCCUCGACGUCCUCGCCAAGAUGGAAGACGUCCCCACCGACGGCUCCAACCGACCCCUCAACAAGAUCCUCAUCAAGGACAUCGUCGUCUUCGUAGACCCCUUUGCGGAGUUCCAGGCCCAGAAGAAGGAAAAAGAGCGCCUCGACAAGCAGCAUGAGGAGAUUCGCCUGCAGGGCGGCACCGAGGACGACAAGACGACGUGGACGGGCAAACGACUGCGCGGCGACGGCACGUUUGCCAAGCCGGAUGCGAAGCAGAGCAUCGGCAAGUAUCUGGACGCGAGCGCAAUGGAUCAAAGGGGGUCAAGUAGCAAGAGAGGAGGCGCCGGCGAUGCAGACGACGCGGACACGUGGGAGACACAGCCGCGCAAGAAGAUGAAAGCAGGCGGGUUUGGAAACUUUGAUAGUUGGUAA